UUUACAAGUUUGAGAGAAGAGGAGGAAGUAUCAGAGGACAUGAUGGGGAUAAUGGAUGAAUGAUGAAAUGCAUGAGUCUCUCUUUCCUUGAUUUAGACCUCCUUUGAAGCAAAGAAAACACAAUGUUGAAGAGGAACUCUACAGAGGUGACUGAGUUCAUUCUCCUGGGUCUGACAGAUAGAGCAGAGCUGCAGCCCGUCCUUUUUGUGGUCUUCCUGGUCAUCUACCUGAUCACAGUGAUUGGCAACGUGAGCAUGAUCUUGCUAAUCAGGAGUGACUCAAGACUUCACACUCCAAUGUACUUCUUCCUCAGUCACCUCUCCUUCCUAGAUCUCUGCUAUGCCACCAAUGUCACUCCUCAGAUGCUGGUUAAUUUCUUAUCCAAGAGGAAAACCAUUUCUGUCAUUGGUUGCUUUAUACAAUUCCACUUUUUCAUUGCCUUGGUGAUCACAGAUUAUUAUAUGCUGACAGUGAUGGCUUAUGACCGCUACGUGGCCAUCUGCAAACCCUUGUUAUAUGGUAGCAAAAUGUCCAGAAGGGUCUGCAUCUUUCUCACUGUGAUUACUUAUACUUAUGGCUUUGCAAAUGGUCUGGCCCAGACCAUCCUGAUGCUUCGUCUUUCCUUCUGUGGACCCAAUGAAAUCAACCACUUUUACUGUGCAGACCCACCUCUGUUAGUCCUUGCCUGCUCAGAUACUUACAUCAAUGAAAUGACCAUGUUUGUGGGAGCCGGUUCCAACCUUACCUGCUCUCUCACCAUGAUUCUCAUCUCCUACAUUUUCAUUUUCACGGCAAUUUUCCGUAUCAGGUCUGCUGAGGGAAGGCGCAAGGCCUUCUCCACCUGUGGGUCCCACCUGACAGCUGUCACUGUCUUUUAUGGGACACUGUUCUGCAUGUAUCUGAGGCCCCCUUCAGAAACAUCUGUAGAGCAGGGUAAAAUUGUAGCUGUGUUUUAUACUUUUGUGAGUCCUAUGUUAAAUCCUUUGAUCUAUAGCCUGAGGAACAAAGAUGUAAAAGAAGCAAUUAGGAAAGUUAUCAAAAAUAAAUUGUUUGCCAAGCAAAGUAAACAUUUUGGUCAUAGGUUUGCAAUAUAUCCUUAUUGUCUGACCAAGUAAUGAGCACUUUCAUUUAACUACUUGCUCUUUCAUAUAAUUAGCAUAUGGAACUUGGAAGGAUGUGUCAAAUUAUUUGCUAGCAUUACAGAACCAUGUUAGUAAAUAACAAAAUAAUAGUACAUAGAAAUUCAAAGACAACACCAGAAGGCUUUGUUAUUGCUCUGUAAAGUCAGUAAAGAACAGAUAAUACCAUCUAUGAUCUCUUACUGGUACACAGUUAUAAAAGGCAAAAUUAUCAAAUGAUGCUAUGGCAAUGACCAUUUGUUAGAUUAUUAUAGUGGUUAGGAAUUUUGAAACUACUUUCCAGGAACUUCUUAACCAUGACAGAUGAGAUUUGUUUUCUUCUUCCCUUUUACUAAUUAUAUUGCGAAGAAGAUCUUUGGGUACGUCAAACUUUUUACUCUAAGCAUAAAAUGUCCCAUUUUGUUUAGAAGGUUUUUGUUUU